UUUGAUCUCUCUGUAAUUCAGCAAUCUUCUUUGUUGUCAAAGACGCUCACGAUCUACGUGCUGUUCUCUGCGACGAGAUAUGAAUCGCGCAAGUAUAUAUAAAGGUAUACGAGCUCGUUUCGACCGAAAUCAACGGAGUGUUUACCUCCGACGGGAACUAUGAGGAACGGAAAUUCGUUUAUUCGUUCGUCCUUGCCGGUGAUAUUUUUCGCUAGGUUGAUCUUCGCCGAAGACUUUCUAUUCGGACUGCGUCAAGAAGAUUCGUUCGAUUAUCUGGAACCUCUGAAAUUAUCAUCCGUGGGAAGAAAUCUGUUUUCGCGAGACAAAGUCGCGUCCGACGAGGAUAUUCGAGGAAACGAAGAUGAAGCGACGGUGUUACCCGAUAUCGAAGAGAGCUGGACAAUUCUCGAAAGGGGUACGAAUCUAACGACCAACGAUCACAGUCCAUUGUUCCCAGGAGCAACGUCGACGAACAGUGAACAGAAUAUAACCGAAAACGAGCCGAGCGUAUUGCCGAAGCGUGAUGUGUUCGGUUCCGACGGACCGACGGACGAGCUUCCCGAAACGGAUUCCAGGUACGCGGAACCGGAUUCGUGUUCAUCGACAUGGGAACACCUGCAGAGUUCUUCUUGCGAGCUGGAAGCUUCAGAGUUUGCUCACGAUCGCGUCACCGGUCUUAUAAUGCACGAAAUAUUCUGCGAAAUCACCAAGCUGUUGCGCUACGUGUGGAUCGCUGGUGAAAACGUAAAAUCUGAACUUGGUUUGGAACUACUGUUCGAUCUGGAAAGACAAGGAGGACGCGUGAUUUCGUUGAGGCGGCUUCUCUUCGACGAAAGUCUCCACCGAGAGAUAAUACGCGGCUUGAUACGAUUCAACCGAUUUUCUCAGAGCCCUGAAAAUCUCGAGUAUUUGUCCGCUAUAGUCGGAAGGUGCGUCCCUUCGGUCCACAUUCGAGAAACCUGGGGACGAUUGAAUAUCGCUGUUAACAAUUUCCUCGUUCACGUCGCAAGAUUUCUCGGAGAGCUCGAACACCGUCUUCGUCUUGGUCCAACGAUGAGCGGCGACAUAGACUUUCUCGUCGCACUGAGGGAAAAAAUUCUAGCCGUCGAGAAAGAGGCGUUGCAUUCCAUCGGUGAAUAUUUAUUGAAUCGAUUCGAAGGAAACGCAGUGGCGUUCGUAGAAUCGGUAUUUGCUCGAGUUUUCGCUCGAGAACGGUUUUAUCCGUAUUUGGUCGUUCUAAAGGAACUCGCCGGUAUUCUGCGCGAUUCGUAUAGCGGCUAUCACGCAUCCGGCUUCCUGCAGCACGUAAUUGUACCAACGCGAAAUUUCGUUUCAGCUUUCUUGGCUCCAGAUCUUUGCUUCUCAUCUCCGUCGAGAAACAGUUUGAUGGCUGCGGAUGCGAAUGCGAAUGCGAAUGCGAAUGCGAAUGCGAGUACGGAGUCGGAAACGGAGACGAAUCUUCCGUUAAAAAUUGGACAAACGUCUCUCGAAACGGACGACCGGUCUUCGUCGACUGUCUCACCGCGCGGCUUACCAAUCGGUAUCGCCUCCAUUCUAUCCGACUAUUCCAUCGAUUCCCCUGAUACCGUAUCGGGAACCAUUUCGCACGCGUUCGCUGCCGACUCCUUACCUUCCUCUACGAGUACGACGCCUUCCGGCGGUUCUAUCGAGAAUCUUCCUCCAGGCUUCGUUGCGAAUACGCAUCCACAUAAUGACAACAGUCCGUCUUUAUCGGCGUCUGAAAUUUCAGCGCCUGAAAUGUCCGAUUCGCAACCCUCUCCCUCACCUUUUCCUUCAUCUUUUACAUUUCCCAGUUCGCUAGAGACUGCUACAGCUUUGCCGAACGAUGCAACUCUAUCGUAUCCUACGUCGAGCGAACAAGUCUACGAGAGUUUCCCGUCUCUAUCGGUGACUAGACCGGACCACUUACCGGACACAACCUUUCAAACGGAUUCCCCUUCUUCCACAAUGGAAACAACAGCCUUGCCGCGUUUCGAAAACAUCGUUAUUCCAUAUUCCGCAUCAUCGAUUCAUUCGUCGACGGGUCCGUCGCGGAGCGAUUCUUCGAUUAACGCGCCGCAACCUCCUCUAAUUUCUCUCGUUCGAUCCUCCGACAAUGUAUCCGGGCAUCCAGCGAUUCCUGUCGAAGAGGCGAGAGACGCGUCGCUUUGUAAAAACUCGAAUGAACAUUCCAAUUAUUACGUUAUUCCGUUCUCAAUGGAAACCGUCCCUUUUCAGCCAAACUGGCCACCAAUUUCCGAGGUCUACAUCAAAUUUCGCGAGCACGCGCCACCAUCGAACUUAUUUCGCAAUAUUCCAAAUUCUUGCAAACCAGACGAUCUGCCAUUGGUAAGUUUAUUUGAAAAUACUGCUCAUUACGAUACGUCGAACGCCUUACCUUCGCGAUAAGGGAUCCAACCGUUUACGCGCAUCUCACCGCAGGAUCGCAUUACCGUUCUACGCCGACCGUCUUUGCUUUCUACGCGGUUUUAUUUAUUGUACCAAACUCUAUAAUAAACUG